CGACCCAAGGAAGAAAACUAAGCCAAAAGCGGCACCGAGCAACAAACCGAUCGAGCACACCACAUCACAUCAUCUCGCGUUCUCUAGCUAGCUACACCUACAUAAGCAGCGCGGCGGCACACCCUUGCCCUGGAGGAGAGAGGAGAGCGCCGAUCGUCGGACCACGGGCAGCCACACGAGACUAGCACGAUGGAGGCGCUCGCUCCUGCCGGGGGCAAGCCGCUGUCGGGGCCGCGGGCGCGGCGGAUCGCCCGGAGCCGGGAGGAGAUGCUGGGCCUCCUCGCCGACUUCGACGGCGGCGAUGGCGGCUCCGACCGCGAGCUCUCCUUCUCCGACCUCGUCGACGCCGUCAGGCCGCCGCCCAACGCCGGCCACGCCUCUGCGUCGCCGCCGCCGGCACCAGUAGGGGUCGAAGCGGCGGCGGCCGAGCAGAGGCCGGAGGAGGCCGUGGCACCGAAGCAGAAGCAGGCGGCGGCGGUGGCGGGAAAGGAGAGGAGGAGGCUGCGGAGGCGGCAGAGCGACAACAGGGGCAGCUGCGGGGGAGGCGCGGACGGCAACGGCGUGCUGCUCAACUUCUACGUGCCGGGGCUGCUCACCCGGAGCAUGACGGCGCCGCGCCCCGGCCGGGGCGUGAUGCCGGCCGCGGGGGCACGGCAGACCGCGCCGCCGACGGUUGCCGCCGGCAAAACCAGGAUGCAGGCGUCGCUGGACAUCGGCUGCUGGCCGGCGCUGUGGGGCAGAGGCCGCGACCACCACCGGAACAAGCCGGUCUGAGAGUCUUCUAUUCUUCCAUGCACAUACAGCCUACUCGUAGUCUGAACCUUUUUGUGCAGCUAAUGCGAGCCUUUUUCCUCUGCUCACGCAUGUAAAUUAUUAUCUCCUGUUUUUGUAAACGUGGUUUGUGUUGGGGCCUUGUUUAAACUGCGUUUGGUGCUGCUGUAGCGCUGUGUGAUCUUUC